GCUUCAGUUAUGCGCGAGUCGUCAAUACGAAUGAGCGUGCGUUACGUUCGCAGUGACAGAAUAUCCGUGCCGAUGUUUUAGUGCUCAAAAUUGAAACAUUUAUUUGCGUGACACAAAAAGUUGUACCCAGUGAUAACAAUGGACGGAUAAUCUAGCGGAGGUUCACUUUUAAAUCGGCGGGAGUGUCAUCGAUGGCUUGAGCCAUGUUCCGUACGGCGUCAGCUGAGGGCUCCGGGCCGAGGACGCCGCCCGCCUACGCCCCGCACCCCCCCUACGUCCCGCCGCGCUUCUUUCCGCCCCGGAUCCGCCCGCCGCCGCCUCAGUACUGCUUCGAUGCCGCCCGCUUCGCCUGCGACGCUUCUAAACCUAGAUACCUCGACGUGGAAAGAGAGAGACUCGUCACAAGAUGGCUGGCCGAAGCAAACGAAGCGCUAGUCCGAAGAGACCGUCCGCCGAGGUACAAACCGAGAAGCAGCGAGCGGAGGCCGGAUUUCCUAGAGCGUCGGCCGAACGCACCCGAGUGGGCGGACAAUUUUCUUCUCGGCCGACGGAACGGUUCCGCCGAGCCGGAAGACGAAAAUAGUGAUGUGAUGACCUUGAAAGAGUUUGUUGAUAAGUUCUCCUUGCCUCGUGUCGUGAGGUUUGAAGGAGAAGAUAGGGCUGUGCUGUUAUAUCGUGUGUUAGAAGCGCAUAGGCGGGUCGAGGCUGUGCCGUUGUCUGGGAAGAAAGGAAAACUCGUUGGGAAGCCGCUCUACAUCCCUGAUUCGUAUGAUGGUUGGUUUUCGGCGUGCGGAUGCCGUGGUGGCGCGCUGGCGGCGCCCCGGGGCUCCAUCGCGGCGCUGCUGCGGAGUAGAGCCUUCGCCCUUGUGUCCCCGCGUGCUAUCUCCGCCUACCGAGCGAGGCCUACUUCUGAUAGCGGACGGGUGGGCGCGCAGUACGAGCGUGCCUGUACUCGGCCGGGUACACCGCUGCGGCUGGCGGGCGUGUUCGCGGACGGCAGCAAGGCGAAGGCGCCCAAGUACGCACAGCUCCUCGACCCGCAGGGCAAUGAGCUCUUCGUGCCCAUCAACACCAAGGGCGAGAUGUACGAGGUUUGUCCUGAAGAGCUGUCGCCUACGGAGUGGGAAGAGACUCCCUCCGCUGUUCCCGUGCCUCCAGAGAUAGCGCAGAGAGCUCACCGUCUACCCCACCUACUGAGCCUGUGGAGGCUUCCGACAAGAGUCAGGCUGUUAGCUGGCACUGUACCCAUUGAGAUGGCGCAUGAUGUUGGAGACGAUCUACUACUGAGAGCGGCGAGCACAGAACCGGUGUUGGUAAUGUGCACUCUACCUGAAUAUAACUCCUUGCCGUCCAGUCCGAGCAAGCAAGUGGACCCGCGGUAUCACGCCAAGGAGACGCUGCAACUCCUGCCGCUAAACAGCAACAUCAAGAUACGAAGAACACAGCUCGGAUUCGAAAAUGAAAAGAGGAUGUUCCUCUCCGCUCGUCUCCAGAAAGCACUAACUUUCUGUCAACUGAACGUUGACAACUGGAUCAGGCAGAUCUCGUACGCAAACUCGACUGUCGUAAGCAAAGCAAAAACAGCAGAGGAUCUUAUCAAAGAAGACCACGAACCAGUAAAGUUUGAAAAAGAAAAGAAAUUCACCCUCCAAGGCUUAAAGUUAGAUCCAACGAGGCUAUUUGGCAAAAGUGAUAAAGUAUUAAAAGAUAUACCAGAUGAAACUGAAGGUUCUAUAAUAUUUUUAAGUAAAAACGAACUCGAGCACAUGAACUACGAUGUUUAUAGUGAUGACGAAGGAAAGGAUGAUAAGAGCGAGGAGAAAGACGAAACAGAACAAUUUAAUAGCGACAAAAUGCAUGUAUUUAGAGAGGACGCAGAAAAAAAGAAAGGUAAUUGGUUUAAAAAUUUCAAACUAUUGAAGAGCACGGAGAAGUUGAACGAUAAAAUAACAGCAAUAGAAAACGGUGAAAAAUAUAGAGAUAUUAAAGAUCCGUUUGAUCCAUUGGGUGAAAAACAUAGUUCCAUUGAACGAUACCAAGAUAUGGCUAAACUUAUCGAAGAUCGCUUUGGAGCUUUUAGAAAAAAUGACGGUACAGCUGAAAAGAGUCAUUCAUAUAAAAGUCUUACAACAUCUUCGUCUGAAAUGGGGACAAGUCAAUGUAGUUCCAGUCAUAAAAAACCAGUACUGACAAAAUCAGUCUCAGUUCAGACUGGUAUGCCAGAUGGCUCCUGCACGGAAGAAGAAGACAGUGGUAUCAAUAUGAAGCAUGGCCGUAAGAACCUUAGUGUGGAUCAAAUAAAUUAUUGCGGUUCUAUGGAAAGUGAUUCGAGUUCUGGCAGAAAAUUGAAAUCAUUAGAUGAAAAUAUGCUAAAGAAAUCGUCAGCAACAAAAUCCUCUACAAAUCUUGAAAGGCGACAAAGGAUACAGCCAGAUUUGAUCCCAGAAAAAGCUAUGGUUAAAUCUGAGUCAUAUAAUCAAAUACAAAGCUGCGAAGAUAUCAAUAUGUUUGGUGCUGGUUCACUUUAUAAUGAUAAUGACUUCGAAAUAAAUUAUAAGCAGCACUCGUUUAUUACUGAAAAAUUAUGUUCCGAAUUUCACGUUAAAACUAAAAGAGUAUUAAGCAAAUCCACUUCAAAUUUACUCCACCCUAAAAAGUCGAGCGACAAAAAAGAAACAAAUAACAGCAACAGCAUGCCUACCAAAACUGAACAUUCAAACGAAAGUGAAAAACUUCUUAAUUUUAGAAAAAAAAUUGAUAAACCAAGGGCACCUACGCCCAAAUCUGAAAUAGAAGAGUCAGUUCCUGUAGAUAUAUCAGAAGAAGAGCCUCAAAUACAAAAGAAGCUAAGGCGAUCUAUAUCUUCUAUUCAAAAGCGAAAGUUACCGGUUAUUGAAGAUUUGCCAUAUGGACAAGUUGCGGAUGCUGUACAUUUAGAAGAGGAAAAAAUAGACACAGAUUCUAGUUCCGAUAAUAUAUAUGCUGAAAUUUGUAGUCCUAAUGGUAAUAAAACAAAUGAAGAAGAAAAUUAUGACUACAACGUCGACGUGCUUGCAACGGACCCUGUGAUAUGCAAUGUCAAAAAAGAAAUUAGUAAUCGCAACGACGAGAGGGCAAGACAGAUGAGUGUCAACCAAGACAAUGCGUUUAGGCACAUAGAAGUUGUGGUUAUAGAAAAAACGACAGACUUCGAAUUGGACAAUUCAAGUAUUGCUUCCAGUGAAUUUGACGAAACUGGAAGUAAGAACGAUGUUUCUAUAGCAAUAGAUUCUUGGGAACGCGAUAAAAACAAGAGUGCGGAACCAAAACUGCACGCUAUUAGAUUAGAGAUAACUAGCAAUAUGGACGAUUACCCAGUUGAGAGUCAAAGCUUACAAACGACGGAGGUUCAGCUUUGUAAAGAUAAUUCCCUAAGUUUUAGUAAUAGUAUCCAUUUGAAUGGUACAUAUCCCAACGAGGCCAUCUAUGAUACUUUAAAAUAGUAUAGUUGUAUUAUAUUAUUCCAAACUGUGUAAGAGUCACAAAAUGUUCAAGUAGUCACAUUCUUUGAACGGUAUUUAAAAUAUCGCCUCUUUGUCGCUUUAAUAGGACUUCGCUUCAUUUCUAAGGUACUUAAAUUACUUAACCAUGUGUCAUAAUAUAAGUACCUACUAGUUAAUAAUAAUUUUCACCAAACAUUAUUACUUAUAUGAGUAACAAACAACAUGAGCAAACAAAUAUAACGGUAAGGUUCCACAAGUUUACUUUUGUUACAAUUGUUACUUACUUAAAAAAGUUUUAUAGUUUUACCUUAAUUUACAAUUGAAGAAACUACAUACCGCAUGGAACACAAUUAUAACAAAUUGAACCUAUUUAAAAAAAAUAGAUAAUUCUUACCAUUUUGUGAAAUUAACCUAACCUAACCUACUACUUAUAACCAGUGUUAAAUAAUGUGCCUAAUUAAUGCUAAGUUCACGAACCUAUAACAACAUAGGCACACAUUAAGCUUUGAUUUAGGCUGUAUAUAACUGUAGUUAAUACAGCUUAAAGAUAACUUAUCAUGUCAGGUUUUAUAUCUAAUAGUGAGAGAUCGUCUAAUCUAAAAUUGCACGCCCAUCUAUUUAUUUUCAAAAUGUGUGAGAGGAAUUCUUACUCUCAUCUCAAUAUUUUAUCAGAAGAUAUUCUUAUGCAAGAAGCUUAUUAAAAUUAUGUCCGCAAAUUUAUAGGUGCAACUGAAUCUGCGGAUAAUCACCGCAAUGUGUUGCGGUGAUUAUAAACGCUAACGCUUAGAAAACUAAACAAAUGUAUGUGAAUGACAGAUCCGAUUGAUAACUUGAUCACGUGACCAGUCGAUAACGAAUAUCAUUCCCUUACAUCAUUUAACAGUUCGAUACGCUGAUGUAUGCUUUCUUGCAUUUUCUCAUUGUGAUUAUUAGCUGAUCCGUAUUUGUUAUAGCUACUGACCGUAAAUGUAGUGACAAUUUGUAUUGCGUCUAUACACCUACCUCGCGUCAGGACAUAAACAUGAAAGGAACGUUAAUUUUGUUAGUCGAUCUCUACCUACUUAUCCAUCUAUCUACUGACUUUUUGUAAUAUUACUUUGGCACCUACAUUAUAAUUUUUAAUCUCAACGUUUAGGUAGUGUUAAAUGCAAUGUUUCAUUCAAAAACGCAAGAUCUCCUGUCUAAAGAUGGCCAAAAUCGGUGCUAAUAUUCUUAGGUGCUCAAAUUAAUUAUAAUCUUAUUCUAUUUAAGGCUUACACUAUAUAGAAAUAUAGCCAUCUUGAUACUUUUAUAUACGAAAUAAUCCGGUAUAGUUUUAUAAAUAUUAUGAUCGAGAUUUAAAGUCCUAGUGCUAUUCUGUAACGGUUGUUUUUUUAAAUGUACAGUGUGAGUUUCGAAUACUUGCGGCUAUCUCUCUCUGUCUGUGGUGUUAGAUAGAGAGAGAGAUAGACACAGACGAAUUUCAGAACUUAUACUGUCGAGUUACAAAAACGUCUUACAGAAUAGCACACUAAGCAAGUAUGAUAGACCUUCGUUUUAAAAUUUAAAUGUAAAAUCCAAAUUUUUGGGACCUAUCACACAAAAUAAAUCGAUUUGUGACAUUUUAAAAUAUUUUAAUUUUCAAGAAUAUUUUAAUACCUAUCAAUAAGUACUUAAUGUUUUUUUAGAACAAUUCGGCUAUAUUUCUAUUAUAUCACAUAUCACAUGACAAUUACGCUACUGUAAAUUUUUGUAUUAUAUAGUUCUAUAUUGUAUCAUAAUUUUUUAAACGAUUUAAGUCUGAUGCACUCGAAAACGAAAUGUAUUUUAAAUGAAUAUUGUUUCAAAGAGAUGCUUUCAAGAUACGAAUAAACGAAUAAUAAAAUGAAUUUUCUUUUAUUUAUUAGCGAGGAAAGGAUGCUGAAAACUGUCUUAUACCUAAAUUGAAUCAGAAAAAGAAAGUUUGUAUAAGUAGGUACCUUAGACCAUUAAUAACUGGACGUGGUUCGCUAACCGUUACCCCUCUGGCAAAGAUCAAAAAUCUAUGAUCUAAUGCGUUUAUAAAAACUGUUGCCACAGAAUCGAUGUUUCAUUGUUGUAAUCGUUUUCGUCGUGUAUGGAACUCCCUAAAAAUGCCGGUUUGUGUAGUUAAAUGGCAUAAAAAAUAUUAAUGGUCUAAGGUAGGUAGGUACCUACCUACUACCUAUCUAAUAAUGUUCGAAAACACAUUAAAUCUUCGAAAAUAAAUCAGAGAAAGAGUUGAUAUUAUAUACAUUUAGUAGCCUGUCAAGUUAACUAUUCUAAACCUUUCUAAUAUGAAUACAAGUUUAUGCUACCUUUUGAAAUUGAUGAAUUUUAGUCACAGAGAUAAAAUAAUGUGUAGGUGCAUGCAUAAAAUCUUGGUCCACAAAAUGUAGAAGACCGACAUAUUGCAUUUAGAGUGACGUCACAUUCUUUUUUGAGUUAUUUUUAGCAAGCCCUUUAAUUUUAUAUCCAUAUUGUACGAGUGCAUAAAAAACUUAGUUCGCCAUAUUGGAUUUAGAAUGAGCUAACCAUAUAUUCUCAACCAUACUAAAGUUGUGUUCAAAAUUUCUUCAUAAUAAAAAAUAACUAAACUUUUUAUGGCUCGGCUCAGAGCCCUUUCGGCUUUUAGCCUUUAUGAAAAGACGCGAGCCUUUUCAAAAAGCUAUUCUUAUUAGGGCUCGAAGUUCUGAAAACGAAGACUCUUUUAUUUUAGAAUUAGAACCGAGGCUAAAGAGCUAUUUAGUCUUUUAGCUUUCAAGUGGCCUAAAAACAAAACGUCUUAAAAAAAAAAGAGUCAAAAUACUCGAGUUUUUUGGAACACAACUAAUCAAUAUUACCAAUAAUUCGAUUUUUAAAAAUUUUCUUUUUGUUUUGCUGCUUAUUAACGUCUCCACUAUAAACGCAAAUAAAUAUUUCACGGUUUCUGUAUUCGCGGCCCAUUUAAAGAACGUCCCGCAAAUAAAGAGUUUUUUCUAUAUACAUUUAUAGGUAAAUAAAAGAUUUCAGAGUCGACAAAUAUACUGUAUUUAAUCAAAUAAAUUAUAUUUAAAAUAAAAAAUAGAACCGACAAAUAAUUUCAUGUGUGGCGAGGAUAAAACAUUUAAAUAAUUAAAAUUGGACUAUAAUAAUAAUAAUUAAAAUACAUCCACCAUUAUAACUUUGCCGCACAAAGUCAUUUUCUUGUGCGUCUAUCAUAUACAACAAUAAGGAAUGGAAAAUAAAUUCAAUUAUAUCAUAAACAUCGAAAUGCUUUUGAAAUAUCGUACGACAAUUGUUCACUAUUGCAAAGAUUUAGUUACAAAAUAUCAAUCAUGUUCGCAUAAGUUUUUACAAACUUCAAGAUGGUGUAAUCUUUUUUUUGCGAGUGACUGUACUUACACAAAAUUUCUACAAUAGUAAAAUAUUGCGUCAUUAUUAGGGCUAGGAAUCCACUUACUUCGAUUCAUAGAACUGUUCUGAUAAGUUAUAAUAAGCAUGCAGACAUGAACGAAAAA